UAGUACCCAGCCGCUACCCAGCCGGCACAGGAGUCUGACCUGCUGUCACUUUUCCAGUGACGCGGGCAUCCCGGUGCCGUGCUCUAAGGCAGCCCAGGUUGGUUCAGUCUGGAUUUUCUCAUAACAUUCCCACUCCAGUCCUGUCGCAAGCAAGGAAACUGAGGCUGCCCAAGGUACUGGGCCGGAGGACGGCGAGCCUGGGCCGCACCAUGGCACUCAUGGAUUGCUCAGACUGAAUACCUUGAGGGGUGAAGAGGGUCCUUUUCAUUCUGAUGCUUCUGGGACGUCGCCAUUGCCUUCUCUGGAAAGAGCCAUCCCCUCUCUGGGCUUCAGAUGCCCACAUGGAAGUGCAGUGAUGAUGUGGUGGUCCACUCUGAUGUCAAUCUUGAGGGCUAGUUCCUUUUGGAGGUGGAUAUCUGCUGAGACAAUAAGAAUUAUAAGAGCUGUGAGAGCUUAUUUUCAAAGAAUAAUGGAUGAACCAUCUCCGUUGACCAAAGCUCUAGAGCUGAACCAGCAUUCCCGUUUCAUAAUUGGGUCUGUGUCUGAAGACAACUCGGAAGAUGAGAUCAGUAACCUGGUGAAGCUGGACCUACUAGAGGAGAAAGAAGGCUCUCUGUCACCAGCUUCUGUCAGCUCAGAUACGCUUUCCGACUUGGGGAUCUCUGCUUUACAGGAUGGUUUGGCCUUUCACAUGAGAUCCAGCAUGUCUGGCUUGCACCUAGUAAAACAAGGUCGAGACAGAAAGAAAAUAGACUCUCAGCGAGAUUUCACUGUGGCUUCUCCAGCAGAAUUUGUUACUCGUUUUGGGGGAAAUAAAGUGAUUGAGAAGGUUCUUAUUGCCAAUAAUGGUAUUGCAGCAGUGAAAUGCAUGAGAUCUAUUCGUCGGUGGUCUUAUGAAAUGUUUCGAAAUGAACGUGCAAUUCGAUUUGUCGUCAUGGUUACACCUGAAGACCUUAAAGCCAAUGCAGAAUACAUUAAAAUGGCAGAUCACUAUGUUCCUGUGCCUGGAGGACCAAACAACAACAAUUAUGCAAAUGUGGAAUUAAUUCUUGACAUUGCUAAAAGGAUCCCUGUACAAGCAGUGUGGGCUGGCUGGGGUCAUGCCUCUGAGAACCCCAAGCUUCCAGAGCUUCUCUUAAAAAAUGGCAUCGCUUUCAUGGGCCCUCCAAGCCAGGCUAUGUGGGCUUUGGGAGAUAAGAUUGCAUCGUCUAUUGUGGCUCAAACUGCAGGCAUCCCAACUCUUCCCUGGAGUGGCAGUGGUCUUCGUGUGGAUUGGCAAGAAAAUGAUUUUUCGAAGCGUAUCUUAAAUGUUCCACAGGAUCUGUAUGAGAAAGGCUAUGUGAAGGAUGUGGAUGAUGGACUGAGGGCAGCUGAGGAAGUUGGUUAUCCAGUGAUGAUCAAGGCCUCAGAAGGAGGAGGAGGAAAGGGAAUCAGAAAAGUUAACAAUGCAGAUGACUUCCCUAACCUCUUCAGACAGGUUCAAGCUGAAGUACCUGGAUCACCUAUAUUUGUAAUGAGACUAGCAAAACAAUCUCGUCAUCUGGAGGUCCAGAUUCUAGCAGAUCAGUACGGCAAUGCCAUUUCUUUGUUUGGCCGUGACUGCUCUGUACAGCGCAGACAUCAGAAGAUCAUUGAAGAAGCUCCUGCUGCUAUUGCUACCCCAGCAGUAUUUGAACAUAUGGAACAGUGUGCGGUAAAACUUGCCAAAAUGGUUGGUUAUGUGAGUGCUGGUACUGUGGAAUACUUAUACAGCCAGGAUGGAAGCUUCUACUUUUUGGAACUGAACCCACGGCUGCAGGUUGAACAUCCUUGUACAGAGAUGGUGGCUGACGUCAAUCUUCCUGCAGCACAGCUUCAGAUUGCCAUGGGGAUCCCUCUAUUUAGGAUCAAAGAUAUUCGUAUGAUGUAUGGAGUAUCUCCUUGGGGUGAUGCUCCCAUUGAUUUUGAAAAUUCUGCUCAUGUUCCUUGCCCAAGGGGCCAUGUAAUUGCUGCUCGGAUCACCAGUGAAAACCCAGAUGAGGGGUUUAAGCCCAGCUCGGGAACAGUUCAGGAACUUAAUUUCCGAAGCAAUAAGAACGUGUGGGGCUAUUUCAGCGUUGCUGCCGCUGGGGGACUUCAUGAGUUCGCUGACUCCCAGUUCGGUCACUGCUUUUCCUGGGGAGAGAAUAGAGAAGAAGCAAUUUCAAAUAUGGUGGUGGCAUUGAAGGAGCUGUCUAUUCGGGGUGACUUUCGAACUACAGUUGAGUACCUGAUUAAACUACUGGAGACAGAAAGCUUUCAGUUGAAUAGAAUUGACACUGGCUGGCUGGACAGACUGAUUGCAGAAAAAGUGCAGGCAGAACGUCCUGAUACCAUGUUGGGAGUUGUAUGUGGAGCUCUCCAUGUGGCAGAUGUGAGCCUGAGGAAUAGUGUCUCUAACUUCCUUCAUUCCUUAGAAAGGGGUCAAGUCCUUCCUGCUCACACACUUCUGAACACAGUAGAUGUUGAACUUAUCUAUGAAGGAAUCAAAUAUGUACUUAAGGUGACUCGACAGUCUCCCAACUCUUAUGUGGUGAUCAUGAAUGGCUCAUGUGUAGAAGUUGACGUGCAUCGGCUGAGUGAUGGUGGACUGCUCUUAUCUUAUGAUGGCAGCAGUUAUACCACUUACAUGAAGGAGGAAGUGGAUAGAUACCGAAUCACAAUUGGCAAUAAAACCUGUGUGUUUGAGAAAGAAAAUGAUCCAUCUGUAAUGCGCUCACCUUCUGCUGGGAAGUUAAUCCAGUAUAUCGUGGAAGAUGGAGGCCAUGUGUUUGCUGGCCAGUGCUAUGCUGAGAUUGAGGUAAUGAAGAUGGUAAUGACUUUAACAGCUGUAGAAUCUGGGUGCAUCCAUUAUGUCAAGCGAUCUGGAGCAGCUCUUGACCCUGGCUGUGUGAUAGCCAAAAUGCAGCUGGACAACCCCAGUAAAGUCCAACAGGCUGAACUUCACACAGGUAGCCUGCCACAGAUCCAGAGCACAGCUCUCAGAGGCGAGAAGCUCCAUCGAGUGUUCCACUAUGUCCUGGAUAACCUAGUUAAUGUGAUGAGUGGAUACUGCCUUCCAGAUCCUUUCUUCAGCAGCAGGGUAAAAGACUGGGUAGAACGAUUGAUGAAGACUCUCAGAGAUCCCUCCCUGCCUCUUCUAGAGUUGCAGGAUAUCAUGACCAGUGUUUCUGGCCGUAUCCCCCUCAAUGUGGAGAAGUCUAUUAAGAAGGAAAUGGCUCAGUAUGCUAGCAACAUCACAUCAGUUCUCUGUCAGUUUCCCAGCCAGCAGAUUGCCAACAUCUUAGAUAGUCAUGCAGCUACACUGAACCGGAAAUCUGAGCGGGAAGUCUUCUUCAUGAACACCCAGAGCAUUGUCCAGCUGGUGCAGAGGUACCGAAGUGGCAUCCGUGGCCACAUGAAGGCUGUGGUGAUGGAUCUGCUCCGACAGUACCUGCGUGUAGAGACACAGUUUCAGAAUGGCCACUACGACAAAUGUGUGUUUGCCCUUCGAGAAGAGAACAAAAGUGACAUGAACACUGUACUGAACUACAUCUUCUCCCACGCUCAGGUCACCAAAAAGAAUCUUCUGGUCACAAUGCUUAUUGAUCAGUUGUGUGGACGGGACCCUACACUUACAGAUGAACUGCUAAAUAUCCUCACAGACCUAACUCAACUCAGCAAGACCACCAAUGCUAAAGUGGCGCUGCGGGCUCGUCAGGUUCUUAUUGCUUCCCAUUUGCCAUCAUAUGAGCUCCGCCAUAACCAAGUAGAGUCUAUCUUCUUAUCAGCCAUUGACAUGUAUGGACACCAGUUUUGCAUUGAGAAUCUGCAGAAACUCAUCCUUUCCGAAACAUCUAUUUUCGAUGUCCUACCAAACUUUUUUUACCACAGCAACCAGGUGGUGAGGAUGGCAGCUCUGGAGGUAUAUGUUCGAAGGGCUUAUAUUGCCUAUGAACUUAACAGCGUACAACACCGCCAGCUUAAGGACAACACCUGCGUGGUGGAAUUUCAGUUCAUGCUGCCCACAUCUCAUCCAAACAGAGGGAACAUCCCCACGCUAAACAGAAUGUCCUUUGCCUCCAACCUCAACCACUAUGGCAUGACUCAUGUAGCUAGUGUCAGCGAUGUUCUGCUGGACAACUCGUUCACUCCACCUUGUCAGCGAAUGGGCGGAAUGGUCUCUUUCCGGACCUUUGAGGAUUUUGUCAGGAUCUUUGAUGAAAUAAUGGGCUGCUUCUGUGACUCCCCACCCCAAAGUCCCACGUUCCCAGAGUCUGGUCAUACAUCACUCUAUGAUGAGGACAAGGUCCCCAGGGACGAACCAAUACACAUUCUGAAUGUGGCUAUCAAGACUGAUGGUGAUAUUGAAGAUGACAAGCUUGCAGCUAUGUUCAGAGAGUUCACCCAGCAAAAUAAAGCUACUCUGGUUGAGCAUGGGAUCCGACGACUUACGUUCCUGGUUGCACAAAAGGAUUUCAGAAAACAAGUCAACUAUGAGGUGGAUCAGAGAUUUCAUAGAGAAUUUCCCAAAUUUUUCACAUUCCGAGCAAGGGAUAAGUUUGAGGAGGACCGCAUUUAUCGUCACCUUGAGCCUGCUCUGGCUUUCCAAUUGGAGCUGAACCGGAUGAGAAAUUUUGACCUCACUGCCAUUCCAUGUGCUAAUCACAAGAUGCACUUGUAUCUUGGGGCCGCUAAGGUGGAAGUGGGCACAGAAGUAACUGACUACAGGUUUUUUGUCCGUGCAAUCAUCAGGCAUUCUGAUCUGGUCACAAAGGAAGCUUCUUUUGAGUAUCUACAAAAUGAAGGGGAGCGGCUGCUCCUGGAAGCCAUGGAUGAAUUGGAAGUUGCUUUUAAUAAUACAAAUGUCCGCACUGACUGUAACCACAUCUUCCUCAACUUUGUGCCCACAGUCAUCAUGGACCCAUCGAAGAUUGAAGAAUCUGUGCGGAGCAUGGUAAUGCGCUAUGGAAGUCGGCUGUGGAAAUUGCGCGUCCUCCAGGCAGAACUGAAAAUCAACAUUCGCCUGACAACAACUGGAAAAGCAAUUCCCAUCCGCCUCUUCCUGACAAAUGAGUCUGGCUAUUACUUGGACAUCAGCCUGUAUAAGGAAGUGACUGACUCCAGGACAGCACAGAUCAUGUUUCAGGCAUAUGGAGACAAGCAGGGACCACUACACGGAAUGUUAAUCAAUACUCCAUAUGUGACCAAAGACCUUCUUCAGUCAAAGAGAUUUCAGGCGCAGUCCUUAGGAACAACGUAUAUAUAUGAUAUCCCAGAAAUGUUUCGACAGUCGCUCAUCAAACUCUGGGAGUCUAUGUCCACUCAAGCAUUCCUUCCCUCACCCCCUCUACCUUCUGACAUGCUGACUUACACUGAGCUGGUGUUGGAUGAUCAAGGCCAGUUGGUCCAUAUGAACAGGCUUCCAGGAGGAAAUGAGAUUGGCAUGGUAGCUUGGAAAAUGAGCCUUAAAAGCCCUGAAUGUCCAGAUGGCCGAGAUAUCAUCGUCAUUGGCAAUGACAUUACAUAUCGGAUUGGGUCCUUUGGGCCUCAAGAGGAUUUGCUGUUUCUCAGAGCUUCUGAACUUGCCAGGGCAGAAGGUAUCCCACGCAUCUAUGUGGCAGCCAACAGUGGAGCUAGAAUUGGACUGGCAGAAGAAAUCCGUCAUAUGUUCCAUGUGGCCUGGGUAGAUCCAGAGGAUCCCUACAAGGGUUACAAGUAUUUAUAUCUGACACCCCAGGAUUAUAAAAGAGUCAGUGCUCUGAAUUCUGUCCACUGUGAACAUGUAGAGGAUGAAGGCGAAUCCAGGUAUAAGAUAACUGAUAUUAUUGGGAAAGAAGAAGGACUUGGAGCAGAGAACCUUCGGGGUUCUGGAAUGAUUGCUGGAGAAUCCUCAUUGGCUUAUGAUGAGAUCAUCACCAUCAGCCUGGUUACAUGCCGGGCCAUUGGUAUUGGGGCUUACCUUGUCCGACUGGGACAAAGAACAAUCCAGGUUGAGAAUUCUCACUUAAUUCUGACAGGAGCUGGUGCCCUCAACAAAGUCCUUGGUCGGGAAGUGUAUACCUCCAACAAUCAGCUUGGGGGCAUCCAGAUCAUGCACAACAACGGGGUCACCCACUGUACUGUUUGUGAUGACUUUGAGGGGGUUUUCACAGUCUUACAAUGGCUGUCAUACAUGCCCAAGAGUGUGCAUAGUUCAGUUCCUCUCCUGAAUUCCAAGGAUCCUAUAGAUAGAAUCAUCGAGUUCGUUCCCACAAAGGCCCCAUAUGAUCCUCGGUGGAUGCUGGCAGGCCGUCCUCACCCAACCCAGAAAGGCCAAUGGUUGAGUGGAUUUUUUGACUAUGGAUCUUUCUCAGAGAUUAUGCAACCUUGGGCACAGACUGUGGUGGUUGGUAGAGCCAGGUUAGGGGGAAUACCUGUGGGAGUAGUUGCUGUAGAAACCCGAACCGUGGAACUCAGUAUUCCAGCUGAUCCUGCAAACCUGGAUUCUGAAGCCAAGAUAAUCCAGCAGGCUGGCCAGGUUUGGUUCCCAGACUCUGCAUUUAAGACCUAUCAGGCUAUCAAGGACUUUAACCGUGAAGGGCUACCUCUAAUGGUCUUUGCCAACUGGAGAGGCUUCUCUGGUGGGAUGAAAGAUAUGUAUGACCAAGUGCUCAAGUUUGGCGCUUACAUUGUGGAUGGUUUGCGAGAAUGUUCCCAGCCUGUUAUGGUUUACAUUCCUCCCCAAGCUGAGCUGCGGGGUGGUUCUUGGGUUGUGAUUGACCCUACCAUCAACCCUCGGCACAUGGAGAUGUAUGCUGACCGAGAAAGCAGGGGAUCUGUUCUGGAACCAGAAGGGACAGUAGAAAUCAAAUUCCGCAAAAAGGAUUUGGUGAAAACCAUGCGUCGGGUGGAUCCAGUCUACAUCCACUUGGCUGAGCGAUUAGGCACCCCAGAGCUAAGCCCCACUGAGCGGAAGGAACUGGAGAACAAGUUGAAGGAACGGGAGGAGUUCCUAAUUCCCAUUUACCAUCAGGUAGCUGUGCAGUUUGCUGACUUGCACGACACACCAGGCCGGAUGCAGGAGAAGGGUGUUAUUAAUGACAUCUUAGAUUGGAAAACAUCCCGUACCUUCUUCUACUGGCGGCUGAGGCGUCUCCUGCUAGAGGACUUGGUCAAGAAGAAAAUUCACAAUGCCAACCCUGAAUUGACUGACGGCCAGAUCCAGGCCAUGUUGAGACGCUGGUUUGUAGAAGUGGAAGGCACAGUAAAGGCUUACGUUUGGGACAAUAAUAAGGACCUGGUGGAGUGGCUGGAGAAGCAACUGACAGAGGAAGAUGGUGUCCGCUCAGUGAUAGAGGAGAACAUCAAAUACAUCAGCAGGGACUACGUCCUCAAGCAGAUCCGCAGCUUGGUUCAGGCCAAUCCAGAAGUUGCGAUGGAUUCCAUCGUCCAUAUGACCCAGCACAUCUCACCCACUCAGCGAGCAGAAGUUGUCAGGAUCCUCUCCACCAUGGAUUCCCCUUCCACGUAGGAGAUGCUUCUCGCCCAUUCCUGCCCUGUCUCUGGAGAAGAGAGCUAGGGCUGCCUCUUACAUCUGAAACCACUGUAAUGAGAAGGCACCGGACGCCCAGUACUGGAGUCAGAGUGGCAUUUGCUUCCCCUUGAAUGUUUCAGGUUCUGCAUGACAUCCUGGGCUGUAGGAUCACAAUGCCCAGUCACACAUACCUGGUUCAGUAUUUGUUAGCCCAGCUCUGCUGACAGUCCUCUUUCCAUUCACAGAACUAGAAGGCAAUGAAAGGUACAUGCCUGUACCAUGAGGUCUUACUAGACUAAAAGCAGGACCGCCCUCCUGUCCUGCCCACCCCAGCACAGGGCUGUGGGGACAGUGUCCAAACGUCUGCAGUCCCUGCCCAAUGAGCUGCAGCCGCAGGCAGCAGGGGAGGGCUGGGGCAGACUCAAGUCCAUCCAUCACUGCCCCAUGUGCAGCCUGGCACACACCAGGCACUAGAGAGGAACAGUCCCCAUUUAACUAUACCAAGAUACCUAUUUAUGAGAGACGAGGGCAAAACCAUGAUUUAAGAGGCAGGCUGAAAAGCAGAUCAAGUCAUUUUUGCAAUUAAAAUACUCUCAACCUUGAGUGGCUUCUCAGUACACCUGGGGAGAUGGCCAACCUGCCACCACCUUGCUUAUAUACCCAGGAGCUAAAGGCCAAUGCCAUAACCUCCUUGUGUUUGGAGGCAGGCAAUGCAGAGCCUGAGGUGGUGAGCUAAAAGGAGACUAUCUUUCCUAUCAGAGAGUAGUCCGAGACAGAAGUCUCUUCUGAGGACUGGAAAGAUUGUCACUGUGGGGCCAUGCCUACAAAGUCAUCCCUAUUCCUGGCAUAAAGUAUGGCAGGUCCACCUUGAUGACAGCUGGGCUUUCAGCACCAGACACUGGCCUUCCUGGUGUGAGAAAGCAUCCAAGGAACAAGAAUUCACCUACCCUUAAGAUUCCUUACAGUUCAGUCACGGUGCUGGUAUUUCCAGACUUUCUGGGUUCUCCAUGGCCGGCAACAGGGCCUCCUCAGAGGUGAGCUGCAGAGCUUAACAACCCAUUUAUCCAAGAAAGGAGCCUUGGUGUUCCCACUACAAGAGUGGAGAUGGUCAGCGCUGUAGCCUCCAGUGCCUGCAGUAUGACUAAUGUUUCUCACUGGAGACCCAGGAGGAAAUCACUAAGAUGUCCCAGAAACCAUUGGCAUGAAUACUUCAGUCUGAGCCUUAACCCUGGAUUCUACAGAAAGAGCUGGCCUCCUCUUCAGGAACAUCUCGUUCUGAUAUUCCAGAGGACUUCUCAUCAGCUCCACAUCACAAGUAUUGCAACUGGACAUCUGGGGAACUGGAUGCAAACUGUCCUGCCCCCACGAGCUGGUGGAAGGAACAGGCAGGAGCAGGUGGAGAGCAUCCUUAGUCCAGAAGGAAGCUUCCCUGGCCCCUGGUUCUCUGCUUACCUGCUGGGUAAGGAUGGGAUUUGUCUCCAGCCUCCGCGUCACUCCAGCACAUCCAGUCCCACACAUCGCUGGUGGUAUGAAAGUUUUACCCUCCUGGAGGCCUGUCCUGGCAUUUCUUCAGAGGUGAGAUGGGCUGUACUUCUAACUCCCCUUUCCUUGCUGCCCCAUCCCCAGGACGGGGCUUUUCAUAUGGAGAAGUCAGAACCACAACACAUGAGCAAUCUGAUGGUCCCACAGCCCAUUACACAUGCAAGGUUACUGAGGGAGGAGGAUGAAUGAUAUAUUGACCCAGACUUGCUUGAAGUGAGAUUGCCAUAUUAUCUGUUCACUUCGUUCACAAAGCAGCCUUCACUCGUGUCAGUGAGAAUUGGAUGGACACACACGCCAACGAGCAAGGGGCUUCAGUCCAAUGCACUCUUUUCACAUUUUGUUGAAAUAAACCUCCACGUUUGUAGAAGAGCCACCGUUUGUCAUUUCAAUCCAUUCCCAGCCACCCAUCUACCCACUUUCUUGUCCCACUUUCAUUGGGGACUGAGAGAAGGGAGAGCCCCUCCUUGACUGUACAGUACCAACCAACGAGGUUUUGUCUCCUAAACUUGCUGAGAAUGAAUGGGGCAUCUGUCCAAAGGUGCCUUGGCCCCUGUCAUAGGGCACCACCAGUACUCCAGCUCCCUCCAGACAAAUACGAGUUCUUUAAUGUUUCCGUAGAGUGUUCUACAGAGUGCUCACUGCUGAGAUCUGAGUGGGAGUUCCCAAGAGAGAAAUGGUUUAGAGCAGGGACAGGAAAGACAUCAGGAAGAAGGGACUUAGCCUGUUUAUGGAUACUGGCUCCAGAGAAAAACUGCCUGCAUGCAGGAUUUCCAGUGUCCUCAGCACCAUGAGCUCUGGGACCACCCCACCCUUGCAGAUUUGGGGGCAGUGUUUAGGUCUCCUGGGUUUUGAAGUCUGAGCAUGCACAGCACUAGGAUCAGGAAAGACAUGAUUGUCUGCCCUUGACGCCAUCCCCCGCCCGUUCCUCAGGGCCAGCUCUGCGUCCCUGGGGAACUGAGGCAGCAUCUGAAAGAACUGCAAGCUAAGAAAGGUGGGAGGAACUCUUGGCUGAUUAUUAAACUUGGUUCUGGUUUGGGGGUUGUGUUUUGUUUGUAAAGCAGAGAGUGAUUUUUUUUUAUGAAAUGAUAUGUCAAGAUAUAAUACUAACUUGAGCUACCCUAAGUCAGUGUUCUAGAAAGAGGGGCAGGAAGGGAGGCUUGAGCUGCGUAUUGUGAUCCAGGUCUGAGAUCUAGGCCACUCUGAUCUAUAUUAUGAGACUGCCUCAAAACAAGAAGUAGGAGACGGAUACAGAAUCCAGUGAGAACUGCUUCUCUGCCUGCAGCUGCACCCUGUGAGCAGGGAAUCCCGAGUCAGCACAGAAGCAGCUGCUGAGAGCCAGGGCAGAGUAUGGGUUCAGCUAGCACCGGCAGUUGCUUCUGGGAUAGCAUCAUACUGCCCUUGAUCCACCCGGGGAGACAAAGAGCUCUGAGGCACGAUGCGAGUAGCACAGACAAUGAGGGUCAAAGCCUCUUGUCAGGAAAGAGGAGGAAUGUGGUGUCUGCAGUUACUCAGAACUAUUGGGGUGCUGGAUGAAAACAAAGUAGUUUUUUUGGGGGGGGGGUGAUGGGCAAAGCAAACAGGUGUCAGAAAUGAAGUCAGUGUCCCUGCUCUUAGAUGCCUCUGAUACCUGAGUGUGGGUCAGUAUGUGGAAGGGUUACACCAGGGCCUGGUUCACUGUCCUGGGUGCCAUGAACUCUGGAUCCAAGCUCACCUCUCCUGUGUAUGUAUUGUCCAUGCGUUGGCAGGGUGACCCAGACAAGAAGUGCAGAAAACAAUGGCAGACUAACAGCUGUUCUCUUUACUCCGAAAGUGCAUGCACCUCAGACAUGAGCUGUCUUUGUGUCUGCUGGAGUUUCUCUAGUCCUGGACAUAACUGGAUGCCUCGCGGUGGCUGAAAUCCUGGUGGGAUUUAAAGUAACGGCACUAGGACAGCUUCACAAAGGUGGUGCUCCAGUGAGCGGCGCCACCCAAUGGCACCUCUACCCAAGAGGACAUGAAACCAGAGUGGGCUAGAUCAUAAUGACUCUUAUUCUUCCGUAAGCAGGAAGGUAGCUAGAGAUGAGAGAUUGAAACCACACCAAAAGCUCACACUUGGCUAUAGGAAAGGCUAACGGCAUUCUGCCUGUACUACCAGGGCCCUUCAAUAGCCACGCCACAGAGUGCAGAUAAAGCUGGGCAUGGUGGUGCACACCUGUGAUCCCAGCACUCUGGAGGCAGGAACAAGAGAAUCACAGCAAGUUCCAGGCCAGCCUAGGGUCAUAACAAGACCCCACCUCAAAACUGGACUCGAUGAACCUGAGCAGAGCUCUCAUUCCCAGGCUCCCGCCAUCUCACUGCAGCGUGGAUAGUAACAGCUUUCUGAGAAGUCCCAUCACUCAUCACGACUCCACUGCUGGGUGCCAUAGUGCACGUGUGGAGGUCAGAGGACAGCAUAGGUUCAGGAGACCAAGCACAGUUUAUUAAGCUGUGUGGCAAGGACUUUUACCCACUAAGCCAUUUUACCAGCCCUACCUGUCCAUUCCUUAGAAGGCUAAGGACCCAUCAUCACCCAUAGGACUUUGUCAGGGAAUUAUCCAUUAUCCCUUUUGGUCCAGGGAUCAUCUAGACAUUAAGUAAACAUGAAUGCCAAGCAGAAGUGACAAUGAGGAACGAUGCAGCCAUCAGAAGGCUGGCCGCUGAGCCUGGCUACCUUCACCAAAAGGCUCAAAGGCCUUCUGGAAUAACACUUGCUUUCCCUGGGAUGCAAAGAAAGGAGUGCAGAGAUCCCAUGAUUGCAUCAGGUUCUAAAAACAUUCUAAUCUGGAGUCUUGGAUGAAGCUGAUGUCCAAGUAUCACCCCAUGCCCAUUGGCAGUAGUAACUGGUGAAUAUGUGGGGAAGACCAGUGCCCACCUAGCCUGGCAUGAUCCUGACAUCAGACCAGCAGCCUACCCAGGUUGUCAGAGUGGGAAGUGAGACAGCCAUGGAGGUGUUGCUAUGCUCUCCAUACAUUCACCUAGAAUACCUGAAGAGGGAAAAAGUGCAAGCUAGAGCUGACUUUCAGACUGAGUGUGCACCCUCCAAUAAACACAAAUAGACAGCAAAGGAGGAAUAGCUGCCCAAACCAUUGACCAUAGGCAUAGGGUGGCUUACGAAGCUGGGAGACGAUGGGAACAUUGCCUCUUGUGCUGAAUGGGAAACCAAAUCCACAGAUUAAGCAGAGGUGCUAAGAAAAAGCUUGGGAGGGAGGAGCAGGAAGGUCAGCAGUUCAAAGCUGCCUUUGUUAUAUAGCAAGUUUAGGACCAGCCUGAGCUAUAUAAGAGCUAACCUUAACCAAAAAUAAUGAUAAUAAAUAAGAACCUCCUUAACAAAGGGAAAGUUGAGAGCCUCUAAUUACUAAAAUUGAUACCCUUUUUUUCUCAACCAGAACUGAUACAUUCAAAUAAAAACUCAUCCCCAAGGGAAAAAGUCAGAUCUUCUGUGUGUGUACAGAUGUUGGAUUUAGAGACCUCAAAUCAUCUAUUACAAAAUUGAUAAGGGGCUGGACGGUGGUGGCACAUGCCUCUAAUCCCAGCACUCGGGAGGCAGAGGAAGGUGGAUCUCUGUGAGUUCCAGGCCAGCCUGAUCUACAAGAGCUAGUUCCAGGACAGGCACCAAAGCUACAGAGAAACCCUGUCUCGAAACAACAACAACAAAAUGAUCAGGGUCAGGAAUGUGGCUCAGUGACAGCAUGUGCUUAACAUACACAAGGCCCUGCUGCAUUCAGUCCAACAGAACCAAUGAAAGGAAACCUUAGAGUGUGCAACAAUGAAUUAGCCAAUGGAGAAUCUCAAUAAAGAAACAUAUUUUUAAAGACAUCCUAAUGAGUGAAUGUAUGCCUGCAAUCCCAACAUCCAGGAGGCAAAGGCAGGAGGAUCACUGCACUGUGACUUCACAGAGACCCUGUCAAACAAAAAUGACUAAAAUGUGCUAGAAUGUGGACAGACUCUGGAAAGCAGCCAUGUAAACUGAAGAUAGCAGUAGAACCAUCUUGAUGUAAAAAAAAAAAAAAAAAAAAAAAAACUGGGAAAACAAGAACAAAAGAAUAAAUAGCCUUAAAUUCUAAAGCAGCAACCCUGAACAUGCCAGUAGAGCCAGAGGCAGGGAAGGGGCAGAAAGAUAACUGAAGAAAACUUCCCAAACAGAUAACCAAGACGCUCCAUAAACAUCAAGAGAAAGAAACACAAUCAAAUGACUAAAAGAUGAGAGCCUGGGGGAAUUAUACAGGGGAUAGUAAAACACGCCCCACCCCUGUCACUAGGAGGCAAUGAACUGAUACUGUAUGAAGAAAAAAAAAAAAAAAGGCAACCAAGAAUCCUGAGGAUAGAGACUGGAGAGAUGGCUCAGCAGUGAGCACUUCCUGCUCUUUCAGAGGACCUGAGUUCAGUUCCCAGCACCCUUACUGGGCAGAUCACAACUGUCUACAAUUCAAGCUCCAGAGGGUCUGAUACCCUAUUCUGUUCUCCACAGGCAUCUGGUACACACAUGUGGGGCACACAUGUAAAAUUUUUUAAAUAAAAAUCAUUUUUAAAAAGGAAAAGCCAGGUGGUGGUAGCACAUAUGUUUAAUCCCAGGAGUCAGAGGCAGGCGGAUCUCCGAG